AUGCACUACGCCAUCGCGCUCUUCCCCGGCUUCGAAGCCCUCGACGCCUUCGGCCCGCUCGAAAUCCUCAACACCCUCUCAAAGCAAACCGCAAUCGAACUCUCCGUCCUCGCCGCAACCCGCGAGCCAGUCUCAACCCGCUCCCCGGAUCCAGACGCCGCGGCGAAGGGGUCCGUUUGUUCCCAGGAAAUUGUCCCAACGGGGACGUUUGAUGAUUUCCUGGCAUUAUCACCAGAUGCCCGCUCAUCGCGAGAGGGGAAAAGAAAGAGGGAAAUCGACGUCCUCAUCGUCCCCGGCGGCGCAGGGACCCGAUUCCCAGAGGUGAUCCAGCCCGUGAUUGAAUUCGUUCGCGGGGUGUAUCCGUCCCUCCGAUACGCGGUGUCUGUGUGUACGGGAUCCGGGGUGUUUGCGCGAGCGGGGAUCUUAGAUGGGAAGAGGGCCACCACGAAUAAACUCCGGUGGGGGGAUAUUAUUGCGCUGCGGACGGAGGUGGACUGGGUGAGGAAUGCGCGGUGGGUGGUUGAUGGGAAUGUAUGGACUUCGUCGGGGGUGAGUGCGGGUAUUGAUGUGACGUUGGCGCUGACGAGGGAGGUUUAUGGCAGUGAAGUGGCGGUUGAGGUUGCGAGGUUUAUUGAGUAUGUCUGGGAUGGGGGGGAUGAUGGGACUAGGGAUCCUUUUGCUUGA